AUGAAGGGCGUCACAAAGGGCGGCCAAUCCUCAAAAGGCGGCCAGUCCUCCAAGGACGCGCCUCGGGACAGCUCCAACCCCACUCCCCUACAAACAGACUCUUCACAGGUUGGCUCGAAGAGGAUGAGUGGGGUUAUCAAUCCUUCUGACAAGGAGAAGCCCAAGAAGCCAAAGAGGAACAAUCAGCCUUCAUCCUCCAUCUCCGUCAACAAAGUAUUCGGGGACUUGGCGGAAUCCCUUGUGACUGAGGAAGAGCUUGCUCGAUGGCGCGCCAAGUCCUUGGAUGAGAAGGACGCGUUCAUCACCAAGGCGGCUGCCCAAAUACUUCUUCACGCCAAUGACAGGGAAGAAGUUGCCGCUCUAGAGCGAUGUCAGUUUCAUGACAUCGAUGCCACGAAUAAGAGGCUGGCCAAGGAAAAUGAAGAUCUCAAAACACAACUGAAAAAGGCUAAGAAAGUGGAGGACGCGUCCAGCAAAACCUUGGCUGAAGAGAGGAAGGCGCGUCUUGACCUGGCCAAGGAGCUGGAAGAGUUAAAAAAGAAAAACAUCUCCCUGGAUGCCGAAAACACUCUCCUUAGGGAGAAUGCAGAGGCUGACAGGCAAGUGGCCAACGAGGCCGGGUUCACUAAAGGUGUUUGCAGCUAUGUGGCCACCUUCCUGGCUUGGGAACCUGAAUACAACUGGGUUCCCAAGUUUGGGAAGGAAAUUGCUGAAUUCAUGGCCUCUUUCCCUGCGAAGAAUGUCGAGCUGGUGGCAUCCAAGAAGGAGGAACUGCAGCAACAGCUUGCCAGGGAGGCCGAAGAAGAGGCGCGCCUUCAAGCCGAAGCUGCUGAAAACCGGGCCACCAAGGACGCGUCCACGGUGGAUCAUCCUUGA